AUGUCGUUGUGCCAGAACCGUCUCCAGGAAGAGCGAAAGCAAUGGCGUCGCGACCACCCAUUUGGCUUUGUCGCAAAGCCUAAACGUGCCCCGCAGGGUGGCCUGGACCUGAAGAACUGGGAAUGUGCCAUUCCAGGGAAGGCUAACACUCUAUGGGAAGGCGGUCUUUUCAAAAUCGACUUGAUUUUCCCAGAUGGUGAGCGACGCAAUACAUUCAAGACUACUGAAGGUCCUUAUACUAAUCUAGAUUCUUCCACGCUUCUAGAAUAUCCCACCAAGCCUCCCAAAUGCAAAUUCACGCCACCACUGUUCCACCCCAACGUCUAUCCUUCCGGAACUGUUUGCCUGUCAAUUCUGAACGAGGAGGAGGGUUGGCGACCUGCCAUCACUAUUAAGCAGCUCUUGCUUGGCAUUCAGGAUCUUUUGGAUGACCCGAACCCCGAGUCACCUGCUCAGGCUGAUGCCUACAACCUCUUCAAGAAGGACCGUCCUGCUUACGAGCGCAAGGUUCGCAUUGCUGUCAAGGAAAACCAGCCUAAUUAG